AUGCUUCUUCUCCCCGUAGUCCACACUCGGUCCCCUUCCGUCCCACACACGCACUCCCCUCCAUCGCUCACGCUGCCUCGCGAGACAGAGCACGCUCCCUCCCCUCUCGUCUCCUUCGCUUACCUCGGCCCACGCGCACUCCCUUCCGUUGGCCACGCUCAAGACCUUCCCGUCGCCCACGCUCACUCCCCUCCGUCGCCCACGCCCACUCCCUCUCGUCGCGUUCACUCCUCCCCGUCGCGCACGCUCUUUCCCCAUCCGUCGCCCACGCUCACUGCCCGUACGUCGCACGCUCUCACUCCCUUCCAUCGCCCACGCUCACUGCUCGUACGUCGUACACUCUCACUCCCUUCCAUCGCCCACACUCACCUCCCUCCCGUCGCCUUCGCUCAUUCCCCUCCGUAUCCCACGCUCACUCCCCUUCCGCCGCCCACGCUCGCUCCCUCCAAGUCGCGUUCGGCCCCAUCCGUCGCCCACCCUCACUCCAGUGCCGUCACACACGCACGCACCCUCCCCUCGACCGAGAAAGCAUUCUCCGCUUCCGUCGCAUACGCGUUCAUCUCCCCAUCCCUCAUCUCCCCAUCCCUCACCUCCCCAUCCCUCAUCUCCCCAUCCCUCACCUCCCCAUCCCUCAUCUCCCCAUCCCUCAUCUCCCCGUCCCUCAUCUCCCCAUUCCUCACCUCCCCAUCCCUCUCCUCCCCAUCCCACACCUCCCCAUCCCGCAUCUCCCCAUUCCGCCUCCCCCCAUUCCGCCUCCCCCCAUUCCGCCUCAACCCAUUCCGCCUCCCCCCAUUCCGCCUCACCCCAUUCCGCCUCACCCCAUUCCGCCCCACCCCAUUCUCCGCUUCUGUCGCAUACGCGUUCAUCUCCCCGUCCCUCACCUCCCCAUCCCUCACCUCCCCAUCCCUCACCUCCCCGUCCCUCACCUCCCCGUCUCUCAUCUUCCUCCCCAUCCCACACCUCCCCAUCCCUCAUCUCCCCGUCCCACGUCUCCCCGUCCCUCACCUCCCCAUGCAUACCCACCCCGUGCCUCAUUUCCUCAUCUCCUCAUCUCCUCAUCCCCGUCCCUCCCCAACAAUCGUGCAGUGCACCACCAUCCCUCACAUCCCCACCCCUCACAUCCCCAUCCCUCAUCUCCCCAUCUCUCACCUCCCCAUCCCUCACCUCCCCAUCUCUCCUCUCCCCAUCCCUCCUCUUACCAUCCCUCUUCUCCCCAUCUCUCCACUCCCCAUUCCUCCUCUCCCCAUCCCUCCUCUCCCCAUCCCUCCUCUCCCCAUACCUCCUCUUACCAUCCCACCUCUCCCCAUCCCUCCUCUCCCCAUCCGUCCUUUCCCCAUCCCUCCUCUUACCAUCCCUCCUUUCCCCAUCCGAACCUCUCCUCUUCCCUCCUUUCCCCAUCCGAACCUCUCCCCAUCCGUCCUUUCCCCAUCCGAUCCCCUCCCCCUCUCCUCCAUGUGUUUCCCACACCUUCCUUGGCCUUGCGGCACCUCCUCAUCCAGUGUGCACCGCCAUCUGCUUGAAGCUCUGUGGGCGGAUGGUGGCGGGCAGAGUCGCGCAGCAGAGGCCUACGUUGUGCUGCAGGGGUCCCUUUCCCCGGUCCUUCCAACCUCUCUUCCUCCCUUCAUCACUCCCUCUCUUCCUGCAUUACUCCCUUCAGCCCUCCCUCCCAUCCUUCGUUUUCUGGAUGAAUUCCCAUCCAUUUCUCCUCCUUGCAUCCAUUCUUCUAUCCUUCCCUUCCUCUGUUCCUCCCUUCAUCCAUCCAUCCUUCCAUCCGUCCUUCCCGUCGUCUGUUCCUCCCUUCCUCCUUGCAUCCUUUCCUGUUUGCGGCGCGCUUCACCUCCCCCUCCCCUCCCCCGAUCGCUCUGCGCGGCCUCAUUGCAGGGACUCCUCGCAGGGAAAGAAGGGGAAAGGGAGGAGAGUGAGGCGGAGUAG